AAUAUUUUCAACAAUGAGCUUGCCCAGCUGUAUAGUUUCUAUGGGUCAAGGGGAAAUAAAAAGGCAUUCAACGAUUUGCGUGUAAAAACCGUUAUUAUUCGGGCUGUUCAAUUAACGACUUCCAACACAACAGCUGAAGAAAUUUCUGCCCAUAUAAAGGUUUGGCUAAAACAUGCCCCGCAACGACUUUCCAAUUCCCUACAACCUAAGAAGAACUGUAACCAAGGAAUUUAGAUAAGUGCAAUUACUUUAAUCAUAGUUCUUUUUUUUUUAUAUAUUUUACUUUUGUUAUUAAUGUGUACCAUGUCGCAGAGAAGUUCCUAUAAAACUAAAGAAAUUGUAGGCACACGACAAAUAUAUAGAAGAGUCCAGAAAGCCUUACAGAGGCUAAAUGAAAAUAAAGAAACUAUUUGUCCUGUUAAUCGUAAUAACUUGGCAAACACAAAUAUCAUAGAACAUAGUCCGCUAAAUCUUUUGCAUGAUAGAAGUGAUGAAAAUGAUUCUUCCAGUAUCUGUUCUCAGUCUUCUCAAAAUUGUGAUAUACAAAUUUGUCCACCUAUUGAAAUUGAGUUAAUUUCUGAAAAUAUUGACGAGCACAUGGAAAGUACGCCACCUGAAACUUUAUGUACCAAUCCUAACGAAAACGAUGACAACUUGGCAAUUAAGCUGCGGUCAUGGGCCACAGUUGGCAAAGUGCCUCAUUCAAGUGUUACAUCUCUUUUAGGCAUUUUACAUCCAUUACAUCCUCAAUUGCCAUUAUGUAGUAAAACCUUGUUAAAAACGCCUGUAACUCUUAAUACUCUGCCAUUAGAUACUGGUGAAUAUUAUCAUUUUGGAUUGACAAAAACAUUACAUAAUUUAAUACUAGAUGGUGCUAGAUUUGACAACAAUACUAUUUUACUAUCAUUUAAUAUAGACGGACUCCCACUGUAUCGAAGCACAAAUACACAAAUUUGGCCCAUUUUAUGUUUAACUAAAAGUAGUAGUAGCAUAAUUUCACCAUUCCCUAUAGGAAUUUUUCUCGGCGAUUCUAAACCUAAACCGCUAGACACAUAUUUGAAGAACUUUAUUGAGGAGCUUUCAUUGUUAAUUACAAAUGGAUUAAAUUUAUUUGAUGUGACUUAUAAAAUCAAAAUUCACAGUUUUAUUUGUGAUGCUCCUGCGCGAGCAUUUAUAAAGUGCAUAAAAUCUCACGGUGGCUACUCAUGUUGUGAACGAUGUAUGGAAAGUGGAGAUUAUGUGAAUGGAAAAGUUGUUUACAAAGGAAUAAAUGCAACACGCAGAACAGACAAAUCGUUUGUUUUACAAAGUGAUGAAGAUCAUCAUUUAGGGAUGUCUCCACUACUAAAACUUUCUGUUGGUAUGGUGUCACAAUUUCCGAUAGACUAUUUACACAAUAUCUGCUUAGGUGUAAUGAGAAAGUUAUUACACACAUGGAUAAGUGGCAAUUUAAAGGUUCGCUUAAAUUCUCAAUUAGUUACUACUUUAUCUCAAAAGCUAAUUCUCAUAAAACUGCAUAUUCCAACAGAAAUAAACAGGAAACCUAGGAGUUUAUCGGACCUAUCAAGAUGGAAAGGAACUGAAUUUCGAUCAUUCUUGCUUUAUUAUGGACCACUAAUAUUGGCAAAUACUAUUGACUUAGGUGCAUAA